GAGAGCCGAAGGACGCGUGCGCCAAGGGCUCCCCUCCCUCUUUCCCUGUGUUAUGUAUCUGCUGUUGAACAAACAGCUGGGAGUGGAGCCGAAAGUAAAACUGCCGGUUUAGGAAGGCGGGGAGGGAGAGGGAGAGGGCAUUUCUCGCACGCCAAGUCGGCUCCCGGCUCCGCUUGGCCAUGGAAACGUGGCUCCUGGUGCUUGCCUUUCUGGCCCUCCUUCUGGUAUACGGGAUCUGGCCGUACCGGUUCUUUAAGAAGUUGGGGAUUCCUGGGCCGCAACCUUUGCCCUUCAUUGGGACGUUUCUGCAUUACCGGAAAGGGGUUCUAAAUUUCGACCAGAGGUGUUAUCAAAAGUAUGGCAAAAUCUGGGGAAUAUACGAUGGCCGACAGCCAGUGAUGGUCAUUCUGGAUCCCAACAUUAUCAAAGCCAUCCUGGUGAAGGAAUGUUACACCUAUUUCACCAACCGCCGGAACUUCCGUUUGAAUGGAGACUUGGAAAGUGCCAUAUCAAUAGCUGCGGACGAGCAGUGGAAGAGGAUCCGCACCGUCCUCUCUCCCACGUUUACCAGCGGGAGGCUAAAAGAGAUGUUUCCCAUCAUCAGCAACAAUGGGGAGAAAUUGUGGAAGAACGUCCAAAAGAAAGUGGAUAAUGAUGAACCUAUUGCUAUGAAAGAUUUAUUUGGGGCCUACAGCAUGGACGUCAUCACCAGCACUUCGUUUAGCAUUGACGUUGAUUCCAUGAACAACCCCAAUGAUCCUUUCAUCGCACAGAUCAAGACAUUUCUCAAGUUCAACUUCUUCAGUCCGCUCUUGCUUCUCCUUGUCAUGUUCCCGUUCGUCGCCCCAGUGCUGGAGAAACUAAACUUCACCAUGGCCCCUGCCUCCUUCAUGAACUUCUUCGUCAGCGCAGUCAAGAAAAUCAAGAGCGACCGGCAGAAGAAUAAUCACACGAACCGAGUUGACUUUCUGCAGUUAAUGAUAGACUCCCAAGUUUCAGGAGAGAAAGCUGAAGAGGCACAUUCCUAUAAAGUUCUAACUGACAAGGAAAUCAUUGCACAAGCCAUUAUAUUUAUUUUUGCUGGGUAUGAAACCACUAGCUCCUCCCUUACCUUCCUGUCUUACUGCCUGGCCACCCACCCAGAUGUCCAGCAGAGACUCCAAGACGAAAUUGAUGAAGCUCUCCCUGACCAGGCCUCGCCCACUUACGACGCCAUCCUGCAGAUGGAGUAUCUGGACAUGGUGGUGAAUGAAACCCUCCGCCUGUACCCCCCCGCAGGACGGAUUGAGAGGGUUUGCAAAAGCACCGUGGAGAUUAAUGGAGUGACUAUCCCGGAAGGAACUGUGGUCAUGAUCCCAGCGUUCGUCUCGCACCGUGACCCAGAAUAUUGGCCGGAACCAGAAGAGUUCAGACCCGAGAGGUUCAGCAAAGAGAACAAGGAAGCCAUCGACCCCUACAUCUUCCUGCCCUUCGGAGCCGGUCCAAGGAACUGCAUCGGGAUGCGCUUUGCUCUGCUGCUCUUGAAAGUGGCCUUGGUUGUUCUCCUGCAAAGGUAUUCCUUCCGAACCUGCAAAGAGACUCAGGUCCCCCUGGAGCUGGACACCAAAGGCUUCAUGCAACCCAAAAAACCCAUCAUGCUGAAGAUGGUCCCCAGAGUUCGUGCCGAACAUGAGAAAUAGAUAGAUCAGAGGCACCUUUGAUGAUGCUGACAGCUCUCCACUCCACAACUUUUUGCUUUUGCGGGGGACUCGUAUCAGAGCUGAAACAGAAGCUGAUGAUUUCCCCUCCCCAAGACCAGCACUGCUUACUGCGACGGACUUUUUAUACCUUUAUUUUUGCCGGGAUUGUCUCUUUCAGCACCCAGGCCAGUGCGGUGUAGUGAUUAAGAGUGGCGGACUCUAAUCCGGAGAACUGGGUUUGAUUCCCCACUCCUCCACCUGAAGCCUGCUGGGUGACCAUGGGCCAGUCACAAUUUUCUCAUGAUUUUCUCAGCCCCACCGACCUCACAAGGGUGCCUGUUGUGGGGAGAGGAAGGGAAGCAGAUUGUAAGAGCCCCGUGAGCCCUUCAUUCAAAGUCGCAGAGCAGCUUACAAUCUCCUUUUCCUUCCUCUCCCCUGUGAGCUAGAUGGGGCUGAGAGAGCUCUUGAGAGAAGAAGCUCUGCUGAGAGCUUCCAGCAGCUGCAUGUGUUGGAGCGGGGAAUCAAACCCAGUUCUCCCAGAUUAGAGUCUUUACUUCUAAACACUAUGCCAAACUCAGGCCUCAUUUUGGGCAAGAGCUCACAGGAGUGGAGCUCCAGAAUCUCGAAAUUUUAUUGUGCUCUUUCUUUCUUUGCAACCUUCCAUCAAUACUUGCUUCUGACCGCCGUUGUAUAAAUAAAUAAAUAAAAAAUUAUUACAUUGUUCAAA